AUCGUUGGGCACAAUAUUGUGGGAGCGACGACGAUUAUGAUGAGGAGGAGAGCCUUGAGGCCCGACGGGAGCCCGAAGCAGGGAGGAGUUGUGAAGCGGAUGCCGUUUACAGUGAGGGGGCUGUUGGUGCUAAUGAUGUGGAAGGUGGACGUCCCAGCCGACAAGUCACCGCGGAAGACUUCUUGGGUAGAGAGUUUGGUACGGAGGAGGAUGCCUAUGAUGCGUACAAGGAAUUCACCAAAUUCAGGGGUUUUGGCGUUCAGAAGGGAGAUGUCGGUCGUGUCAAUGGGAUUCUGAUAAGGAGAGACUUUUUUUUGCCAUCGACAAGGUACUAGACAUCGUAAGCACUAUGGUCGACCUGAGCGAGUAAGAGAGGAGAGGCCUGAGAGUCGAACAGACUGUAAGGCCAAACUGAAGAUUUACUACGAUAUGCAACAGAGCGUGUGGAAGGUAAGAACCAUCGUUGACGAACACAACCACGAGCUUGCCCCAGCGAUGUUUACAAAUCUCCUUCCUAGUCAUCGAAAGAUGAGCGAAGGCGACAAGGCACAGGUGGAUAGUUUCAAGCAGUUUGGGAUCCCAACCUCGAAAAUAAUGGCUUACAUGGCAGGGCAAUCUGGUGGGUAUAGCAUGCUUCGGUUUACAAAACGGAAUUUGUACAAUUAUGUUCACGGACAGCGGCUUGCGCGAAUAUCGGAUGGGGAUGCAGCAGCCAUUAUCGGUUACUUAGAGGGUAAGGCGAAUGUGAACAUGAUGACCUCGGCACGCUACACACGGACCCCGGAUAAUCGGCUGGGCAGCCUAUUUUGGGCUGAUGGGGAGAUGAUGGCAGACUAUCAGCUAUUCGGUGAUGUUUUGGCAUUUGAUUCUACGUAUCGUUCUAACAAGUACAGGAAGCCGUUGGUGGUAUUCUCUGGGUCAAAUCACCACAAACAAACAUCCAUUUUUGGGUUCGCGUUGCUUGAAGAUGAAGAGGUUCGUACUUACCGGUGGGUGUUAUUGAACCUGCUGGACGUGAUGGGACAUAAGAAGCCUUGUGUAGUAGUCACGGAUGGGGACAAGGCGAUGCGAGCUGCAAUUGCAGAGGUGAUCCCGACCGCGAAACAUAGGUUGUGCGGUUGGCACCUUGAGAAGAAUUGCGUUCAGAGGGUUAAGGAGACAAAAUUCUGCAAGGUUUUUCAAAAGGCACUGUAUGCCAACUUGGAUAUCAAUGAGUUCGAGGAGUAUUGGAAGACGGCGGUUGAGUCGCUUGGCCUACAAGAUAACAUCUGGGUUCAGAGCACAUACGAUAGUAGAGAAAGUUGGGCAAUGGCCUACCUGAGGGGCACAUUCUGUGCGGGAUACAGGACAACUUCAAGAUGUGAAGGGAUCAAUGCUUUCGUUAAGGGUUUUCUUAGAUCAACUGAUAGCAUUUUAGAACUUGUACACAGUUUAGAUCGAGUUGUGAAAGACUAUCGGAAUAAUGAAGUAACAGCCCAAUUCUAUUCCACCUAUUAUACUCCUGUGCUAACGACCGGACUUGAUUCAAUCGAGCUGUUUGCUUUGAAGGUGUAUACACGAGCGGUUUUCAGAGAAGUGAAGAAACAAAUAAAGGGUGUGGCGACGCUAUUGUUUCGGGGCAGGGACAGCAUUAGCACGACGUGUGUGUACAAGUUUUCGAAGAUGGGGAAACCUAAUAGGACAUACAAGGUGUUGUAUGAUCCGAACGAGGAAAGGAUUGAGUGUGAAUGUUCAAUGUGGAACAGUGAGGGGAUUCCCUGUAGUCAUAUAUUCUGUGCGAUGAAGUAUGAGGACUUGGAAAAAAUACCGGGUGGUCUUAAUUUGAGCAGAUGGUGCAAGGAUGCAAAGGAAUGUAGAUCGAAACCCCCCGAAAGUACAGAGGGCCAUCAAGGACUCUUGUUUAGAUAUGGGGCCCUUUGUGGGGCGAUGAGUGUGGUAGCAAAACUCGGGGCAGAAGAUGCAAAUGAGUUUGUUGUGGCUAGAGACGGGAUUUCACGUCUCGCAGCAGAACUGCAACGACGAGCAUACGACAAGCUAGGAGGGCCCCUGGGUUUAUCGUCGCUAUCUGGGCUGAAGGACCCGGUGGUGUCGAAGACUAAGGGUGCUCUGAGGAAGGGGAAGGAGAUGCAUCCCACCAGCAAGGGUGAGGUGCUGAUGAAGCGACGACGUUGCACGACGUGCGGCUUACCUGGUCAUACGAAGAGGGCUUGCACGAGCCAGCGGGAUCAUGGUGUUGCUGGCACUGACACUUGCGCGGUCCACAGUUCCGCGGAGUGUUCGUCAGCGAAACCAAGUGCCCCGUAUACAGCUGGGAGGACGCAAGAUGCUGACAAGGAUGAGGGCAUUCAGUCGGAGAACGGCGACAAUAGGCAGACUGUUCCAGAUCGUGCUGAAAUGACCUCAACUCGGUCAAUGCAUGGGUGUAGUCAUGCGUAUUGCAGCCCCCACAUGGGUGUCGGCGGUGGGGGUUCCAACAUCUUUCUCGGUGGGCAACACAUCGAACAGUUUUUUUCUUCACAAGGCUACUCCAGUCACGUAGGGGGGUCUCACGCAGUAACAGCCAGGUUAGGUGCGUUUAACCCCACAAGGCCCACCAAUGAAGACCUGUUUGAGCAGUGGCUAACCCAGAAUGCCUUGGGAAGACGGGUGCAGCAUGAGACAAGGGUUAAUACCAUUUGCCUCUGCUCAUGAUUGUUUCGUAUUAAUUUAUUCAAUUCAGAUGAUAUUUGCUUUAUAGUUAGUAGACUGCUACUCAAUAAGGUGAUUGGUGCUGGUUAAUAAUGUAAUGUAUAUUCGAUUCAUUGAGUCCUCCGGUAUGGAAAAAAUUAUUCAGAAGAAGCCAUUUGGUGAUAA